AUGAAAAAUAGCAUAUCAUAAAAAGGAGUUACGAACACAUUUUAAUAAAUAGUUUUAAAUGCUAAACAUAAAGAUGAUAAUGAACGUAGAAAUAUGAGCAUUUUAGAAAAAGCAGCCAAUUUAUGGUAAAGAGAUAGUUCACAUACUAAAACUAUUUAAUUACAAAGAAUUAUCUAUAUUUUAAAAUAAUAUUCAUAAAAUAGAACAGAUGAAUAAUUAGAAGCAGUUAAAAUGUAUUUUGAAGAAAACUUUCCUUAUUACAGGUAUUUUAAUUAUUAAUUUAGAUUAGUAAAUUCAAAGAAAAAUUAGAUUAAGAAAGCUGCAAAUCAUUAUUUAGAGAAAUGACUUUAGAAUGGUAUGACAGUACUAAAAUCAUUUUCAGACAUGGUGAUCCUGGAAGAAGAAUGUAUUUUGUAUUAUAAGGUGAAUUACUAAUCUUAAUCCCUAAAACCAAAAACACUUCAGAAAAUCAACCUUAAAAAAAAUAGAAAUUCAAGUAUUAAACUAACUUCUAUAUUAUUAGUUCUUUUGAAGAAUGGGUUAAAUAUGUUUUUGCUGAUUAUACAUAAGUUGCAACUAAAAUAGAAGGUGAUUAAUUUGGUGAAAUUGCUAUCGAAUAAAAAGUAACUAGAACAGCCACCGUUGCUGCAAAAACAGAAGUUAUUCUAGCUGUUAUUACAUAUGAUCUUUAUUAAAGAAUACUUGGAGCAUUCUAACAUGAAUUAACUAAUUAAAAAAUUGCAUUCAUUUCUAAAAUACCUAUAUUUAGUGUUUGGUAACGAUAAAAUUAAUUGGUUCUCUUAUAAAGUCUUGAACUCUAAAAUAAAAAAGUUGGAUAAUAUAUAUUUUAAAAAGGAAAUAAUGAUGAAUAUAUUUAUCUUGUUAUUAAUGGAGAAAUUGAAGUCAUUCAAUGGUCAACUCCUAAUAAAGAAUAAUUACCUAGUCACCAUAAUUUUGUACCUAAACCUAGUAUUAUGGCCAUUAUCAAUUCUGGUUAAUUUUUUGGAGAUUAUGAACAUUUUAAACAACUUCAUCAUAGAAUCACAACUGCAAAAGCCAAAACAGACUCAACUUAUUAUAGAAUCAAAUAUAGAUAAUUAUUAGAUUAUUUUCAGCUUUAUUCUUCUAUUGAUGAUUUUCUCAAAUAUGAAAAUCUUAAAUUUCAGAUCCAAAGCCAUCUUGGACAAAAGACUAAUGAAAAUCCCAAUCUUACUGAUCGUACUGGAGAUUAAACAUAUUAAUUUGAUUUAGAUUAAAUCAAAUCUUCAUAUUACAAAAAAAUUAAAGUUGAACAAUAAAUUGAUAAAUUGAGAAAAAAAAUGGAAAAAACAGUUGAAUAAGCAUAAAAAGCAAUUUAUUAUUAUGAAAUCGAAAAUCUCAAGUAGAGUAUUGAAGAUAUUGAAACAAUUUAAGCUGAAAAAUAUUCUUUUUUAGUCCCUUUCAGAAGCGAUCCUUAUGUAAAUGAAAUGAAUCUCAUCAGAUCAGAAACUAGAUAUUCGAGAAAUAGACUCUAACUUUAAUCUGAAAAUGAUUUUAGAAGUAAGGACUUGUAAUUUAGUCUCAGAUCCAGUAUUAAAACCUAAGGAUAAGCAAGAUCUUAGAGUUAAUCUAAUUAUAAUACUCUUUCAUAUGCAAAGAUCAUGUAGAACAAACUAAAAAAGCUUUCAAUAAAUGUUUAACCUACUAUUGAAAUAAUAAAACCUUAGUUUUCCUCUUCUAAGACUACUAAACCGGAUCAUCAUUAAACAAAUGUGGAAAACAUUCAUAAUGUUAGAUUAGAUUUUACUCCUAUAUCUAAUACAUAAUUAUUCACCAAAAAAAAACAUUUAGGAAGUGUAUAUAAGUUCUAAAUUAAAUCAUCAUACUGA